AUGCAGUUUAUUAUUGAAAAUCGGCAAAUUAAUUGUGCUGCUCGUUGGUUGAAAUAUCCAUAUCUACAUAAGUUGGCUUGCUAUUUCACGGUCAUGCCUCAGCUUUCUGUGUCAGACUUUUUCAAACCCAGUGCUGGUGGAGCUAAACGUUCAGCUACUCAAGCUGGCAAUGAUACUACACCUGAAAAGAAAAAACGUGGAGAGGAUAAAGGUGGCCUGUCACCUGAACAGCUUAAGCGCAUGGAUGAAAAUCGCGCUAAAGCUUUAAGUAAGUUAAUGGAGGAAAAUCAAGUAUUCACUUGGACGCAAAUGUGUACGAUUGAAGAGAUCAAAGUUGUCAUCCUAGGUCAAGAUCCUUAUCAUGGACCUAAACAAGCACAUGGAUUAUGCUUUAGCGUACAGAAAGGUGUUGCUAUUCCUCCCAGUUUGCGCAAUAUGUACAAGGAAUUGGAACAAGAUAUCCCUGAAUUUCAGGCUCCUUCUCACGGUGAUCUUACUGAAUGGGCUAAACAAGGGGUCCUUCUACUGAAUGCUUGCUUGACUGUACGCGCUGGACAACCGAAUUCUCACAAAGACAAGGGUUGGGAAAAAUUGACUGAUGCAGUUAUUAAGUGGUUAAGCAAGAACUCUCGGCAUAUAGCGUUCUUACUUUGGGGUGCUUAUGCUCAAAAGAAAGGUGCCUCUAUAAGCAAGGAUAAACAUUUAAUCUUAAAGUGUGCUCAUCCUUCACCUCUCUCUGCAACACGAUUUUUCGGCUGUCGCCAUUUCUCGAAAGCGAAUGAAUACUUGACUAAGAAUGGAAGGAAGCCUAUCGAUUGGGCUAAGCUUUAA